AUGAUAGUACAAGCAGAUGGUGGAAGAUAUGAUGUUGAUCUCAAUCUAAGACUGAGAACAGCUGUGUACUGGGAGGAACCCCCAGCUGAAGUGAGAAGAUGUACAUGGUUUUAUAAAGGUGAUACAGAUCGUUGGUAUCUACCUUAUACAGAAGAAAUAGCCAACAAAUUAGAGGAAGCUUACACUACAGCCAUUAUUCGUGGCAGUUGGAAUUCUAGAGUAGAUCUUCCUCAAGGAGAAGCUGUCAUUAUCCACUCACCAUCAGCUAUGGUCCAUUAUUCUGCUCAACAUUUCCAACCACUCAAUCAUGAAAUUGAUUAUCAACCUAAAGCUGUGUUAAGAGGAUUUGUGGAAAGAGAGAAAGUAGAAAUGGGUGAAGAUCGUGCUGUAGACCAUUUAGUAUUUAUUGUUCAUGGUAUUGAACCAUUUGCAGAUGCUAGACUCAGUACAUUUAGAAGUCUUAUUGAUUGUGUUGAUGAUUUUCGUGAAGUUGCUCAAUUAAUGUUAAAAACAUACAAGUUUGGUGAACAAGUUAUGACCAAAGAAAGAGUUGAGUUACCUGUCCACUGGCACAAUGCUUUACUUGAACAUGGUGCUGAUGUAGAUGUUUGUGCUAUAUCUCUACCCAGUAUUAGUCGACUGAGGGACUUCACUAAUAAUACACUAGUUGAUAUUCUAUUUUAUACUAGUCCUCUCUAUUUACAAAGAAUUAUUGAUCAUGUCUCUUCUGAAAUGAACAGGAUGUUAGAAAUAUUUCAACAAUGAAAUCUAAUUUUCGCAGGAAAUGUGUCUGUAAUGGGACAUAUCAUGUGCUCAAAUGAUGAUUUGAAGGAGAUUGAUAUUCCAAUGGGACCUCGUAAGAAACUAGUUAGUUUCAUUAGAGAAGAAAGCUUAGACUUGCUGAAGAGAAAAUUGCUCGUGAAAAGGAGGCUCAAAUUCAAAGAGAACAACAAUUAUCAGAACAGAGUCGAGGCAUUGAAGGUGUUAAGUUUUGUGAAUGGUGUUGGAGGGACAGGGAAGCCAUUAGUUGUCUAUCCUCAACUCAACUUUCAGCCAUCUUACCUGUUUUGUGUGGGAUCACCUAUUGGACUGUUUCUUACUAUCAGAGGUGUAGAGACUCUCGGACCAGAUUAUCAACUACCCACUUGUCCUGCCCUUUUUAAUAUUUAUCAUCCAUUUGAUCCUGUAGCUUAUCGUUUAGAGCCUCUAAUAAUUCCUUAUCCUCCAUCAAAACCUGUCCUGAUGCCACACCACAAAGGAAGAAAGAGAUUCCAUUUAGUUGAGGUCAGUUCUCAAGGAUCUGUUGAUGAAUAUGCUAGUGAUCUUCAUGUACCUAUUGGUAAACUUAAUGGUGGAAAUAGAAUUGAUCAUGUUCUUCAGGAAAAACCAAUUGAGAAACUGAAUGAAUAUCUCUUUGCAUUAAGUAGUCAUCUGUGUUACUGGAGAUCUGAAGACACUGCUUUACUUAUUUUAAAGGAAAUUUACAACAAUCCACAUCUGGAAAUCAUCAAAUCAUGA